GGCAGCGGGGAGCGCGGCGCGGAUCCCAGAUCCGCCGGCCGGAGCGCGGGGGACGCGAUGCUGCUGUUCGUGGAGCAGGUAACAUCCAAAGGAGCUGGCCUAAACCCCAACGCCAAGGUGUGGCAGGAGGGUCCCCAGGGCAGCGGCGAGGCGGCGCCGCCAAGCAAUGGCGCAGAGCACUCGUGGCACGAACCAGCAGCUGUGGUGGGGACUCAGACUGAGGGUAACGUAGAGAUUUCGGAGGACAGCUGCAAGCAAUAUGAAGUGAUGUACUCCACGUCGUGUGAAGCUGCAAGAAAUGGCACAGGAAUCGAUGAAGCAGCUGCCAAUGGAAUUGUCCUAACAACAGAAGAUCUUGGAUACCAAAUCUAUGAAGUGGCCGGUGAAGGCAACUCCGUUGUGUCCACAGAAGAUAUUAGAGAAUGUUUGAGGAAGCAACUCGAGUUCUGCUUUUCACGUGAGAAUCUUUCAAAGGAUCUCUACUUGAUGUCCCAAAUGGACAGUGAUCAGUUUGUUCCAAUAUGGACAAUUGCUAACAUGGAAGGUAUUAAGAAGCUGACAACUGAUAUGGACCUUAUUGUGGACGUUUUGAGAUCUUCUCCUAUGGUACAAGUGGAUGAGACAGGGGAGAAAGUCAGACCAAACCACAAACGAUGUAUUAUCAUUCUCCGUGAGAUCCCUGAAACAACACCUGUAGAGGAGGUAAAGGCUUUGUUUAAAAAUGAAAACUGCCCCAAAGUCAUAAGCUGUGAGUUUGCUCACAACAACAACUGGUACGUUACAUUCCAGUCUGAUACAGAUGCUCAACAGGCAUUUAAGUACUUAAGGGAAGAAGUGAAAACCUUUCAGGGCAAGCCAAUAAUGGCCAGGAUAAAAGCCAUCAACACAUUUUUUGCUAAGAAUGGUUACCGGGUAGUGGAUUCCAGUGUUUAUGCUCAGCCCAUUCAAACACAAGCACAGUUUGCCUCACCGCUGUUUAUGCAACCUGUAUAUAGUCCUCAGCAGUACUCUAUUUACAGCAUUGUGCCUCAGACAUGGUCUCCAAAUCCUGCACCUUACUUUGAAACACCACUGGCCCCCUUUCCUAACGGUGGAUUUGUGAAUGGCUUUAAUACACCAGGAUCAUACAAAACAAAUGCUGCUUCUUUGAGUAUAGGUCGCCCAUUCCAUAGGAAUCGUGUGAAGCCUCACUUCCGAUCGUCAGGCAGCUCAGAGCACGCUGCGGAGGGUCCAGCUGCAGCCAGCACUGUGUCAAUGGGGGAUGGACCACUGAGUAGAACCAGCUCAAGGAAUUUUGUUAUGGAGCGACAUAACAGCACGCUAACGGGGCACCAGGAGCAAGGCUAUGCCCAGAAGGAUUCUCCUACCGUGCAGAUGGAGCAGAAUGGAGAUUAUGGCAUUGGCAGGGGCAGGAGAAACAUCUUCAGAGGUCGGAGGAGAAGAGAAGAUGACCGGAUUUCGCGACCUCAGCCUUCAACAGAAACGAAGACUCAGACACCAAAGUUUGAUUUGUUAGCAUCAAAUUUCCCACCUUUGCCUGGUAGUACAGCAAAAAUACCAGGAGAGCCUGUGCUGGAGAGCAGGAUGUCUGAUGUAGUCAAGGGAAUCGGCAAAGAAAAGGAAAGCAAAGAUUUGCUGCCCAGCUGUCCGGCUUCUGCUCAGGAGGAACAGAUGCACAGCAUUGUCCAGCAGCCUGUGACGAGCGUGAGUUCAUCGGGUCAGACUGAAGCUGUGGUGUUAAGCAGCACAGUUCAGCCAGAGAGCAAACCAGAAGUGUCUGUUCAGAAGGAUGUUAAAAGCCACACGUCCCCACCUGUGUCUGUCUGUCCUGUCAGCACUGCAAAGCCACCAAGGACAAAUACCACCACCACCACCUCGUCUCCUACUAACACAAGUGCAGCUCCCGCGGCGUCGGUGCAGGAGCCGCGCAAGCUGAGUUACGCAGAAGUUUGCCAGAAGCCCCCGAAGGAGCCGCCUCCCGUUCCUGUUCAGCCUCUCAGGGAGCUUCGCACCAACAUCGUUCCCCCCGCCAAAAACGACGACAGCGGUGCAGCCGAGAGGGCUUCGGAGAAGGCUGCUGACAAGGCUGAAGGUCGGAUGAAGGAUUACUCCGGGUUCCGAGGCAGCGGGCCGCCCCGGGGAGCUGCGGGGAAAAUCAGGGAACAGAGGCGCCAGUUUGGACGCAGAUCAUCGCCUCAGGGAGCGCCGCGGCGUGUCGGCAAGGAGCAGUACGUGCCACCUCGGUCACCAAAGUAACGCCUGUUCGGCCCAUUCCUCUGUUUAAUUUCAGCUGUGGACUAAUGAGCAGCAAAGGAGACUGAGAAAGAAGUAUUCGUGAAGGGGAAUACUGAACUGGAGUGUGGCUUGUGUGGAGAAGGUGUGGAGGGUCCCAAAAUUCAUCUCUGAAAGUGAUUUCACAAAUGCUGGAGGAUUCCAAUCAAUAUGAAUAUAGAGAUUAUAAUUUUUGUAUUUUUGUUUUUAAUUUGCAGAGGGUUUCCUGCUUGAAAUCUGUUUUGGGGUUGUGAAACUAGCUUUUUGACAAAGUGAAAGAUUGUGAAUCGGCGAAUUAACGUGUCGCUUGGCGUAGGAGGAGAAGGAUAAGAGAUUAUUAUUUUUGAAAAAAAUGAGCAUUUCUGUAAAAGUAGAAGUUUUUUUUUUUUAACCUAUUUAACAGUUGGCUUGUAGGAUGAUGUGUCUGCCAUUGAUGGCCUUGCAUUGCAGAGCGUGUCUGCAGCCCAGGUGCUUGGUCGGUGUGUGAGGUUGGGUGAGUGCGGCCAGGUAUGUUGUCACGGCUUAGUUACCGAUGGUAAAAACUGAAUGUACUACUGUAGUGAACUUUGUGUUUCCAGCUCGGAGUAUAUCUCUUGACCUUACUAAUAACUCAUUCAGCAAGCUUUUUAAACUAUAAUUUUUACAGGAGACUGGAUUGUAGGUCUGAGCACAUGGACGGCAAAACCUGUCUUGUACGUGCAGUUGGGAGAGGCAGAAGGGAGCGUGUCAGAACUCCUGAUUUGACCUUCCUCGCCUCCUCGAGGGCGACGUGGUGGGGUUUUUCAUUUGUUUUUAUCUCGCUUUUUACUUUCUCUAAUCUCUUUAUUGCAGGCUUCUGUGCAUUUAUCUUGGUAUGUUUUUGUGAGGCAGACCCAGUAUAGAUGAGUGAUGGACAGCUGCUCGGUCCGUGGCGUUAGCUCCGUGUGUAGUGAGCCUGGAGUUGUGGAGUUGUGCCCCACGGAGCCCUACCAGGCUCAGGCUGGAGUCUGCUCUGGAAUAGUUAGCAGCUCAGGCGUGGCUGGGUUUCUGUAUGCUGACCUGUCUUUGUGAUCUGGAGUAGGGCAUGGGAUGCUGUAUGCUAGAAAUCAGAGUUUACAUGUACUGGGAACUCGUUUACAGCUGAUGCAGUAACAACUGACUUUGAAAAACUGUUCCAAGUGGAGCUAAGGGUAAAGAAUUAAACAAAAACCCUCGUGUUCAGAGAAGCUGCUCGAAAGGUAGCAUCUGGCCUAGCUGUAUGCCGACUGAAUUUGCAACACUAUUUGUGUAGUAAGUGGUUAAGUUUGAAGGUGAUGACCGUAAUGACUGAAAUGGGAAAACUCAGCGCAUUAAUCUGCCAAAAUCAGCACGCCAGGGUUCAAAGUUCUGUGUGAAGCGUUAGGAGGAGGUUCCAGCAGCAAGAAAUCACGCCUUUUUUCUUUCUGUAGCGAAUAGCAAGUGUACAAACUUUUAAGUCGUAAGUUGUGAACACUGGAAAACUCAAUUGUGAUAUAUACCGUAAACAUCUUAGUAAUAUAUGUUAGUGUUGCCAUUAGAAUGAAUGUAAGUGGCAGUUAAAAUAACUGUGAAAACUUUCAUUUUCUGAUUUCUUAGCCAGAUAACCCUUGGCAACUUCUUACUCAGUAGGCAUUCGCUAUCAACUGCUUUGAGAACACUCAUAUCUAUUUUUAUAAAUAUAUAUAUAAAGCCAGAGUUGUCAUUUCUCUAACUUAUUAUUCAGCUUGGCAAUUGCUUUGAUUUGAUUCAUAACACAAUAUGAUGUAUUUAUGCAGUUAACUGUUCAUUUCUACGCAUGUUAUAUAUAUAUAUACACACAUAUAUAUUAAAAAAAAAAAAGAAAAAAAAGAGAGAACCAAACCAAAAUCAUUACUCACUGUUAAACUACCUGUACUGCGUUUGGGAGGUUUUUUUUAAAUUUAGUUAAAAAGAAAA